AUGUAUGGACCCAUCAUCUGUCUAAAAUACGGCCAAAGGACCAUCUUGUCCAUCGGGUCUCAUAGCGUCGCCCGGGAACUGCUUGACAGGCGCAGCAAGUUGUAUAGCUCCCGCCCUCGGUUAAUCAUUGCAAACGAAUGUGUGAGUAAUGGGUUCCACACAGCCAUGAUGCCGUACGGUCCGCAAUGGCAGACUCAUCGUCGAAUUCAAACGGCGUUCCUCCGGGCCAACUGGGCGAAGCACUAUCUACUAGUCCAGGACGGAGAGAGUCUGCAUCUUUUACACGACCUUCUCACGGAUAAUGGGUUUGCCGCGCUGUUUCAGCGCUUUUCGUCGAGUCUAAUGUGCACUAUGGCGUACGGCAAGCGGCUGGAAACGCCUGAUGCGCCUGAGAUCACAACAAUGCACACUCUCACGCACGACCUCACGAAACUCAUAUCUAAUUUACCUCUAGUGGAGCUUUUCCCGGGAUUGAACCGACUCCCGGAGUGGAUGGCACCGUGGAAGCGUCGAGGAAGGCAGGCCCACCGCAAGACUGUUUCCUUCUACACUGAGCUCUUGGAUAAAGGGCGCCAAAGCCCGUCCUGGAACUGGGUUCAGGAAGCGCUUGAGCAGAAAGAGGCUCAAGCACUUUCACCCGAUGAGCUCUCAUAUGUGCUGGGGAUCCUGUUUGAAGCCGGAAGUGAUACGACCACGGGCGUACUGGCCGUCUUCGUUCUGGCAGCUCUGACCGCUCCAGAGGCGAUGAAGACCGCCCAGGCAGAGGUCGACCGUGUAGUUGGACUGCAACGUCUUCCCACUGUUGACGAUUUGGAGCAACUACCGUACAUCCGCGCCGUUGCGUUGGAAUGUCUACGCUGGAGGCCACUGACUCCGUUGGGAUUCCCUCACUCCACCAAUGAAGACGACGAAUACAUGGGUUAUCGGAUUCCCAAAGAUGCCAUCAUCCUCCCCAACCACUGGGCGAUGGACCUGGACGAGGCGAUAUUCGAUCAGGCGACUGAGUUCCGGCCAGAGCGGUGGAUUUUAAACACUAAUCUGCCUCUGGCGGCGUUUGGAUUCGGCCGCCGGGCAUGCAUCGGCCGUCACGUUGCUUUCAACUCAUUGCUUAUUGUGAUUGCCCGCAUACUUUGGGCCUUCAACAUUUCUCCAGCGUACAAGAUGGGCAAGAAGGUGGAGGUAGACCCAUGGGAUAUGCAGCAGAGUGUCACCUGCCCCCCAUCGCCCUUUGAGGCUGUAUUCAAAUCCCGCAGCCCUGAAAGUCACCAGAUCAUUGAACGGACUUGGGCAGCCAUGGAAAAAGACUCGCACGCUAUCAUGGGAAGGGUCAAAGCCAGCAUCAGCCCGUAG